AUGAUACCAAUAUACAAUAGUAGCCACUGCCGAAAUGAAGUAGAAAAGCAUAAAGGAAAUGUGCGUUGUGACUCAAUUGUAUUCCAUUGCUUUUUUAUAGUACCUUUUAUCCUGUUUUUUGUAUUUGGAACAUGGAGUUCUUGGUUUUGGUAUAUCGUGAUUUUCUUCCCUUAUGCUCUGAUAGGGCAAUAUGGCUGGUGUGCUUCUAAUUGAAACAGUAGUAUUUCUACGGGUGCAGGCAAAUGAAUUUGCCUUUUUGAUAGUGUCCAUUUCACCGAAAAAUUUUUGGCCGAAAAAUGAUCGAAAAUUUUUGAUAGUGAGACAUUUGACCGAAAAAAACUGUUAAUUUUUGCCAAAUGUCCGAACUAUCAAAAAUUUUCGACCAAAUGGAUUUCGAUUAAAUGUACACUACCAAAAAUCCACGGUAAUUUGACAUGGAGCCUAUUUCUACAGUGUCAACUUAUGUGGCUAUGCUAAAUUCAACAAGAAUUAUUUGUAGUCUCCUUAUGAUUGGAACUGGAUUAGGUUUCAUUGCAUCAUGGGUGUGGUUUGGAGGGCUAGAUUGCUAUAGAAAUGAUGACUGUGAGGAUAACGAAGACUUAGCUGAAGCAUUAAUGAUACUAUCAGGGAUUAUUUUUGUAAUUGUGGCUGGAACUUUUACACUGGCACAGUUUGCUUAUAAUCAUGCAAAGAAACUGCAAAGCGCAAUGGAAGAAGCAAAUCAGACACUUAAUGAUCCAUUGAUUGUGGCAGGGCAGCCACAAGUUGUUUAUCCUCAGCCUCAAUAUACAUAAAAUGGCGUAUGGCGACCGACCCACCCUCUCAGUGGUGGUUACCCAUGUAUAUCCGGGCAUGGUUUUUGGAGCCAGGAAUUAGCCCAACAACGUCCGGGACCUCGAAGCGAGAGGCCUAAGCGCGAGAACCGCUGUUUUUGCGACCAGACCCAUGGGCAGUUAUUCGUGACUUCUUUUUGCCAGCAGCGCUCAGCCCAGUGAGUGCCCCCGAAAUGAGGCAGGGUGAAUUACCUGCCUAAGCUGCUUUAGUGGCUCGCCCCGAAUGGUGAAAGCUGUUGAGUUCUUUCUCGGGAUGACCGGAGAAGAGGGGAGGCGAGUUAGACACCAAAACGGGGGUCUCUCCAGUUGAAAAGGUGCCCUUCAAUGGGCAGAUCUGGCGGACGACGAAGCGGAGUUGGCGUAAACUUAGGCGACGAUCCAAGUUGGAAAUGGAGGUGGUCAGCAAAGCCGGUAUGAGACGGCCCUUGACAAUACCUCUACCGAGAAACCGGGGGUUUCGGCCCGGGCUUGGUGAACGCUCUGCCACCACACGGGAAACCGUGGCAUGCGACCUCGGACGUAGUAGGGACCUUAAAUACCCAGCGUAAUCUUAAUCUUAAUCUUAUCCUCAGCCUCAGCCUGUAAUUUUUGGGCAAUUUGCUCAAAAUGGAUAUCAAAAUAUCCCAAGAAUGGUACCGCCGAGCUAUCCAGUGGUACAGCCAGUUGGGUAUCCAAAUGCCCCAGUCUAUCAAAAUCCUCAAUAUCUAUAA